AUGGAUCUACCCCCAAAUGACUUCAAUUUCGAAGAAUACUUUCGACAACAGUUGGAGUUGCAAAAAUCUAUACUCGAAAGGCAGCAACAACUUCUUGAAGAGUUGCAACGUAGAAACGAGCAACCGCGUAAGAGAAACUCCAUAUAUAGGAAUCAUGAAGCUGCUCAUCAGAGGCUCAUGGCAGACUACUUUGAUGAGUCCUGCACAUACACUGAUAUGCAAUUCCGACGAAGGUAUCGAAUGAAAAUGCCAUUGUUUCUACGAAUUGUAGACUCUUUGUCAAACUACGACAACUACUUCACACAAAGGCGCAAUAGUGCAGGAAAGCUUGGUUUGUCGCCUAUCCAGAAGUGUACAGCUACCAUACGCAUGCUGGCAUAUGGAGUCGCAGCAGAUGCUUGUGAUGAGUACGUGAAGAUAGGAGAAACCACUGCACUUGAGUGUACUCGAAAUUUUUGUGACGGGGUAAUUGCCUUGUUUGAAGAUGAAUACUCGAGACGACCAAAUGUGGAAGACUUGCAGAGGUUACUCCAAGUUGGUCAGGAGCGUGGUUUCCCUGGAAUGGUUGGAAGUAUCGAUUGCAUGCAUUGGCAGUGUAAGAAUUGUCCUAAGGCUUCGCAAGGGCAAUUUACUAGUGGACACAAGGGCACCGCUACAGUUAUCCUUGAAGCAGUUGUGUCAUAUGAUUUGUGGAUAUGA